AAACCCUCCCUCUUUUGCUUCCGCGCCGCCCUCGCCUCCCUCUCUCUCUAGCUUCAAGCCUCCCUCUCUGCUCUCUCUCCUCAGAUCUCACAGAACACACAGAACCAAGAAUUCUAGAGAGAGAGGUGCAGAGAGAAGAGAAGAUCACAAGCUCGGAACUUCAUACAUGGCCCAGCAAUCCAACGGCGGCAGCGAUCUGGGCACUCCGCAGCACCAGCAGCAACAACAGCAGCACCACCAGCAGCAAUGGAUGCACCAGCAGCAAUGGAUGGCCAUGCAGUACCCGGCGGCGGCGAUGGCGAUGAUGCAGCAGCAGAUGAUGGUGUACCCGCAGCAUUACAUGCCUUACGGGGCGGCUCCUCAUCAUCCUCACCCCAAUCCGUACCAGCAGCAGCCUCAGGCUGUGGCGUAUCAGCAGCAACAGCAGCCGCCGAAGCAGCUGCAGCAGCAGCAGUCGCCGUCACAAAAACAGGGGCCCAACGACGAGGUCAGGACCAUCUGGGUUGGCGACCUUCAUCAUUGGAUGGACGAGACUUACCUUCACGGAUGCUUUGCGCACACUGGACAGGUUUCCUCAAUUAAGGUAAUACGCAAUAAGCAAACUGGUCAGUCAGAGGGAUAUGGAUUCGUUGAGUUCUAUUCACGGGAAGCAGCUGAGGAAGUUUUGCAGAACUAUAACGGAACUGCAAUGCCAAAUACAGAGCAGCCUUUUCGUUUAAACUGGGCAACCUUCAGUGCUGGUGAUAGACGAGCAGACACUAGUGCUGAUCUAUCUAUCUUUGUAGGAGAUUUGGCUACAGAUGUCACUGACACUAUGUUGCAGGAGACUUUUUCUAGUAGAUAUUCAUCUGUUAAGGGAGCGAAAGUUGUUCUAGAUGCAAAUACUGGACGUUCAAAAGGUUAUGGUUUUGUUAGGUUUGGUGAUGAAAAUGAGAGGUCAAGGGCUAUUGCCGAAAUGAAUGGUGCGUAUUGUUCGAGCAGGGCCAUGCGCAUCGGUGUUGCAACACCCAAAAAAGCACCUGCAUAUCAACAACAGUAUUCUUCACAAGCAUUGGUAUUGGCUGGUGGUGGACAUGCAUCAAAUGGUGCCGUCGCCCAAGGUUCCCAGUUUGACAGUGAGCCUAAUAACACAACUAUAUUUGUUGGAGGGCUUGAUUCUGAGGUCAAUGAUGAAGACCUCCGGCUGCCUUUUUCUCAUUUUGGUGAAGUUGUCUCUGUGAAAAUACCAGUUGGAAAAGCGUGUGGUUUUGUUCAGUUUGCUAAUAGGAAGGAUGCUGAGAACGCAAUACAGAUGCUGAAUGGAACGGUUAUUGGCAAGCAAACAGUUCGACUUUCUUGGGGUCGCAGUCAGGGGAACAAGCAGUGGAGGUCGGAUUCAAGUAACCAGUGGAAUGGAGCACACUAUGGAGGACAGGGUUAUGGCGGGUAUGGACAUGCUGUGCCACAGGGUGAGGACCUGAGCAUGCACACCGCAGCUGCGGUUAACGGGGCUUCUUAACAGGGCUGUCGCAGUUGCCAACAGCGUGUAAACUGAACUUACAAAAGUGGCAUUUUAGAUAUAGUUUAUCAGUGCCUUUAAUUGAAGUAGGGUUGAUUUAGCAGCCCGUUUAGCUAAAUAUGUAAUGUGAGGAAUUUUUGAUACCGGAUUUAGCAGCCCAUGUGUGAGAUGAAUACUUGUGUCUAUGCCUGACAAUCUUCGAAUCAACAGGAAUUCUUUUGACCCGGAAAAUACGUUUAUACCGAUGUGAUAUGGUAUUUAGUGUCU